AGAAUUUACCAUUUUUUAAACGCCAAGGGAAAAGAAAAAGUUGAAAACCCCAAUCGGAGCGUCACCCUCUCCGGCGUCCCUCGAUUCCGUGACCUUUUCUCUCUCGUUCCUUCCAUCGCUGUUUGGCAGACAUGUCGCACCAAACGACGUCGUCUUCCUUCACUAAAUCGAAGAUCUUCGACGAUGGUGCAAAGAAGCAUGAUGCUGUGCUGGCAUGUACAGAUGGAGCAGUUCUUUCUGUCAGUCAAGUGUUUGAUGCAAUUAGAGAGCUUGGGAAUGAAGGGGUUGAACAAUGGGAUCCUCUGGUUCUUACAUCGGCAUCACUAUUAAGCAAGUUGCCGGUGGAAUCUUCCUCUAUUGAUUUUGUGAUUUUAAUCUGGCUGUCAAUUGAUUGCCCCAUGGACCAACUGAUUCAAGAAAGUCUUAGAGUGUUAAAAGUUGGUGGGACAGUUCUUAUUCGCAAGUCAUCUCAGUCUGCUGGGGGUUCAGUCGAUAAGAUAAUAUCUGAUCUUGGGAACAAGUUAUUGUUGGCAGGCUUUUCAGAAUCACAAGUUUUACAAUCGACUGGGAUCAAAGCUAAAAAGCCUUCAUGGAAAAUUGGUUCAUCGUUUGCGAUAAAGAAGGUAGUGAAGAGUUCACCUAAAGUGCAAGUUGAUGUUGAUUUGGAUCUAAUUGAUGAAGAUAGUCUUUUGACUGAAGAAGAUUUAAAGAAACCUCAGCUGCCACCUGGUGAUUGUGAAAUUGGGAGUACAAGAAAGGCCUGCAAAAAUUGCACCUGUGGGAGGGCUCAAGAAGAGGAAAAAGUCUUCAAAUUAGGAUUGACUGCAGAACAGAUUAAUAAUCCUCAAUCAGCUUGUGGCAAUUGUGGGCUAGGGGACGCUUUCAGGUGCAAUACCUGCCCUUACAAGGGAUUGCCUCCCUUCAGAUUAGGCGAGAAGGUAGCACUAUCUGGUAACUUUCUUGCUGCAGACAUAUAAAUGGAUAAUGUUGCAUUACUCUUUGUCAAGGGAAUGAUAUUAUAUAUUUUUUUGAUAGUACGGGAUAGUUAUCAGUUAUCUUAAAGCUAGCAGAGCCAUUCAUCCGAGUUGUUUGAUACAAUUUCGAGCUAAUUUAGAGCUGUAAUCUCAUUGUUGCUUUCUCUCGUGUUUCCUUGAUGAAAUCCCACCUUUUUAUCACAAAGUCGUUGACAUUUGUUUUUGGCACCCAACCUAUAAAUUUUGAAUCCGGCUAUGCUUUCAGUCAU